CCCCCCCCACCAUGUUUGUCCUGGUGGAGAUGACUGACACUGUAAGAAUUCCUCCCUGGCAGUUUGAAAGGAAACUGAACGAAUCCAUUGCUGAAGAGCUAAACAAGAAAUUGGCCAAUAAGGUCGUAUACAAUGUUGGGCUCUGCAUCUGUCUGUAUGAUAUCACAAAGCUGGAAGAUUCAUACAUAUUUCCUGGCGAUGGUGCAUCACAUACCAAAGUGCAUUUCCGCUAUGUGGUCUUCCAUCCCUUCCUGGAUGAGAUUCUGAUUGGACAGAUUAAAAGCUGCAGCCAGGAUGGCGUCCACGUUUCUAUUGGAUUCUUUGAUGAUAUUGUCAUCCCACCAGAAUCCCUGCAGCAGCCAGCUAAGUUUGAUGAAGCAGAGCAGGUGUGGGUGUGGGAAUAUGAGACAGAAGAAGGGGCCCAUGACCUUUACAUGGACAUCGGGGAAGAGAUCCGCUUCCGAGUCGUGGAUGAGACGUUUGUUGAUACGUCACCGACUGGUCCAAGCUCUGCAGAGGCUUCCACUUCAAAUGCCACAGAAGAAGUCCAGAAGAAAGAGGCACCCUACACUCUUGUGGGAUCAAUCAGCGAGCCUGGCCUGGGCCUCCUGUCGUGGUGGACAAACAGUUAGCUGCUGUCAGAGCCUGCUCCACAAAAGUCUUUCCGGUGGAUGUUUUGGGGGAUAAUGGAACCCUGCUGGUGCUCAUCACUCCUCUGAAGCUGAAUAAGGAAUUAGACCUGCCAUUCUCUGUUUUUCCUUCAGCUUCCAAGCUGCCAGAGAGAGACAAUUGCUUUCAAGUAACGUCUUCACUGAUGUGCAGAAGUGAAUUUACAGGCACAAAAAGCCUUGAGCACAGAAGCUACCAACUCAGCUGGAGCUUUGGUCUCCUGCCCCGGAGGGAAAAUUGUGGAGGUCUUCGCUUGCCUGAAUUUAGGAAGGAGUUGACUGCAGUGAGUAAAGACAGAAGAGA